UGACCAACAAUUCUAGAGGGCGCCGUCGUCUCCUUCGUACUCUUCGACCAAUUCGUUCAGCCUGGGUUGGACCUUUUCCUUUGUUUCAUCCGACAGCCGAUCGGUGUAAACGGUUCCGUCCAAAUGAUCGUACUCGUGCUGAAAAAUUCGUGCCUCCCAGCCCUUGAAUUUCUUCUUGAUCUUUCGUCCCUUCGGUGUAAAGGCCUCGACCUUGAUCCACUUGGACCGGAUCACUUCUCCCUGCAUGUUGGGGAAACUGAGGCAUCCCUCGAUUUCUUCGUCCUUUGCAUCGGAAUAGUCCACGAUGGUCGGGUUUACCAGGAUCGUCUCUUCCAACCACUUUUUGGAAUCUCCCGACGGGUUAUACACCAUGAGACGUUUGUUGAUGCCGACCUGGGGAGCAGCCAAUCCAACACCCUCUGCCGCGUACAUGACCUUCAGCAUUUCCUUGGCAAUUUUCGUGAUGCUUUCUUGCUCGUCGGGCAGGGACACUUCCGCGUUUUCGGCACGCAACGAAGGGUGGGGGUAUUUCACUAUUCUCAGGUCGGUCCCCUCAACGACCCCCGGAUCUACUUCUUCUUUCGAGGGCGGGGAACCAAAGAGCGAGGUAAGAAGCCGGUUGGGUUCGCUGUCGUUGAUUCCGUUCCRCAGAGCCCCGGUCGCCGUGGCAAUGGCACGAGAACCGUGGGAACCGCCCGCAAAGGCAGAGACAGCAGGCAAGAAAAGGCUCCCGCCGCUCGCACGUCUCGCCAGGAGCGAGCACUUCGACACCGACAUGACGAAGGACACAAGGAUUAGGAGGGGCAACGACGUCGUUGUUCUUUGGAUCGAUCGCUUGCUKAUUCUGUUGGCCAUGGCGAAGUUUGGUUGGUAGUGAGUGUGUGASGAACUGUUGGAAUUGAUCGAAGAGACAAACCACGGGUGUCUGCUCGGCACGAUCUAUGUAAACGGAUUGGAUUCGUUUCGGCUUAACCCCGGCAAUAAGAUGCAAGGAGCAAG